CACAGUGUCUCCCACAUGGAGACUUCGUGAGUUGAUUCAUUUAGAAACUGCCCAGGAAACCACUCGUACCUAGCAGUCUCAAACCAUGAAUUAUGUGGGGCAGCUGGCGGGGCAGGUGAUCGUCACAGUGAAGGAGCUCUACAAGGGCAUCAACCAGGCCACGCUGUCCGGCUGCAUCGACGUGGUGGUUGUGCGACAGCAGGAUGGCUCCUACCAAUGCUCGCCCUUCCACGUGCGCUUCGGGAAGCUGGGGGUCCUGAGGUCCAAGGAGAAGGUGAUUGACAUAGAGAUCAAUGGCGACGCUGUGGAUCUCCACAUGAAGCUGGGCGACAACGGGGAAGCUUUCUUUGUAGAGGAAACGGAAGAGGAGUAUGAGAAGCUCCCUGCUUACCUGGCCACGUCACCAAUCCCUACUGAAGAUCAAUUCUUUACAGACAUCGACAGCCCUUUGGUGAAACCAGGUGGAAAUGAAAGACCUUCUCAGAGUUCGGACGUUGCCCACAUCCUGGAAGCAGAGACAGUCUUCACCCCUAGUUCUGUGAAAAAGAAAAAACGAAGGAGGAAGAAAUGCAAACAGGACAGUAAGAAGGAGGACCAGGCCGUGUCACCCCUUGCUGGGGACGCCACGGGUGUGGACCUGAGCUCCGACGAUGACAAGGGGGCCCAGGCAAGAAGAUCUUCAAAUGCUUCCUUAAAGGAAGAAGAACAUAAGGAGCCCCUGCUCUUCCAUUCUGGAGACCACUACCCCUUGUCUGAUGGAGACUGGUCCCCUUUAGACAACCCCUACCCCCCGGUGGCCUGCCCAAAGAGCGACUCAGAGCUGGAAGUGAAGCCCGCUGGGAGCCUGCUCAGAUCCGAGUCCCACAUGGAGUGGACGUGGGGCGGGUUCCCGGAGUCCACCAAGGUCAGCAAACGGGAUCGGUCCGAGCAUCACCCCAGGACAGCGAUGAUCACACCGUCGGAAAACACCCACUUCCGGGUGAUCCCCAGCAAGGACAGCCUCCUGAGUGAGGUCGAGAAGGACGCUUCAAUGGGGGAGACAGUCUGCACCAUCGUGAAGCCCAAGCCGCGAGCCCCAGGGAAGCAGCAUGGUGGGGCAGCCUUGGCAACAGGCCCUCGGGAGCCCCCCAUGGGAUUGGAUGCCCCCCACCUGCCUCCCUCACCCCCCUUUGUGGAGGCACCCUCGGAAGCUCGACCAGCCGCUAAGGUCGACUCGCCCUCCAAGAAGAGAGGUGUCCACAAGAGAAGCCAACACCAGGGGCCUGAUGAUAUCUACCUGGACGACUUGAAGGCCCUGGAACCCGAGGUUGCAGCUCUCUAUUUCCCCAAAAGUGAGUCGGAGCCCGGCUCCCGGCAGUGGCCCGAGUCCGACACGCUGUCUGGCUCCCAGUCCCCCCAGUCGGUGGGCAGCGCGGCGGCCGACAGCGGCACCGAGUGCCUCUCGGACUCUGCCAUGGACCUGCCCGACGUCACCCUGUCGCUCUGUGGUGGCCUCAGCGAGAACGGAGAGAUCUCCAAAGAGAAAUUCAUGGAGCACAUCAUUACAUACCAUGAAUUUGCAGAAAACCCUGGACUCAUAGACAAUCCCAACCUUGUGAUACGGAUAUAUAACCGUUACUACAGCUGGGCGUUGGCGGCCCCCAUGGUCCUCAGCCUUCAGGUCUUCCAGAAGAGCCUGCCCAAGGCCACAGUCGAGUCCUGGGUCAAAGACAAGAUGCCAAAGAAAUCAGGCCGCUGGUGGUUCUGGCGGAAGAGGGAGAGCAUAGCCAAGCAGCUGCCAGAGGCCAAGGAAGGGAAAGUGGAGGUCCCGCCACCCAGUGACCGGCCGUCAAGCGCAAAGGAGCCAGCCAGUGGCAGGUCGGCCGAGGACGACUCAUCGAGUGACGAAGGGUCCCAGGAACUGGAAGAGUCCAUCAAGGUGGACUCUGCCCCCGCAGAACCCCCAAGCCAUAGUGGCACAACCUCCUAUAAGAAGUCUCUGCGUCUGUCGUCAGACCAGAUUGCAAAACUGAACCUCCAAGAUGGCCCAAAUGAUGUCGUGUUUAGUAUCACAACCCAGUAUCAAGGCACCUGCCGCUGUGCAGGGACCAUAUACCUGUGGAACUGGAACGACAAGGUCAUCAUUUCCGACAUCGACGGGACAAUAACCAAGUCUGAUGCUCUGGGACAGAUUCUUCCACAGCUGGGUAAAGACUGGACGCACCAGGGUAUUGCGAAGCUCUACCAUUCCAUCAACGAGAACGGCUACAAGUUCCUGUACUGCUCGGCCCGCGCCAUCGGCAUGGCUGACAUGACCCGCGGCUACCUGCACUGGGUCAACGACAAGGGCACCAUCCUGCCCCGAGGCCCCCUCAUGCUGUCCCCCAGCAGCCUGUUUUCUGCCUUCCACAGGGAAGUAAUAGAAAAGAAGCCGGAGAAGUUCAAGAUUGAGUGUCUGACCGACAUCAAGAAUCUCUUUGCCCCAGCUCAGCAGCCCUUCUACGCUGCCUUUGGGAACCGCCCAAAUGACGUCUAUGCUUACAGACAAGUGGGUGUCCCAGACUGCAGGAUCUUCACCGUGAAUCCCAAGGGCGAGCUGAUACAAGAAAGGACCAAAGGAAACAAGUCCUCGUACCACAGGCUGAGCGAGCUCGUGGAACACGUGUUCCCGCUUCUCAACAAGGAACAGAAUUCCGCCUUCCCAUGCCCGGAGUUCAGCUCCUUCUGCUACUGGCGAGAGCCAAUCCCUGAGGUGGACCUGGAGGACCUGGUCUGAGGCGGCAGCCGCGGCGGGGGGCUGGAUCGCGGCCCCUGCAGCAGGGGAGGCUGCCGGCCUUCUGCUGGACAGAGGAUGCGGGGACCCUCCCGGCCACAGGUGUGGGAUGGCGCACUGCCCGCUGGGCGCCGGCAGGGACGGGCUGGGGAGCUGCCAGGGCCGGACGCACCCCCCCGCACCCUCCCGGGCCCAGGGCUGCCGUGUGGUGCUGGCGGCCGGCUCAGCGAGGGGCUCGGGCCCAAGGCCUCCUACGUGCUCUGUGUCGAGUUGCGUGCCGGGUGCUUCUUUAAUUGCAUAAGUUAAGAAGAAAAGAGAAGCUAAGAGUGGACCAAAUGUUGCACAAAGUAAAGUGUUCUAAUUUCCACUGGGCAGUUGAGAGUGUUUCUCUCUGUGAGGAGGGCUUGCUGGUAGGGAAUCAGGGUCCAGUUAUUGAUGUUGUCUGAACCGCCUGCUCACUUCCCCCGUGGGCUCCUCCUUCCAUCCCCUACUCCAUGGAAGCAGGAUGCUGGCCCUGGCUCCCAGGGCUUCAGGGGAAGGAGAGACCUUCGCCUCCUCACCCUGACCGUUCCUCGGCAGGGACCUGAACUGUUGUGUCUUGGACCCACCGGAAGGCGCGGGUCUUGCAGGAUGUGUCUGAUGUUGUGAGAGUGGUCUCGGCAGAAGGAGUCAGUUAGCCAGCAGGGAAACUCGGUUCCCAGGGAGGCCUAGAGAUGCAGACGUGUGCUUAGGCCAGGUCCCGGGAAGGUGUCUGUUGCCCCUCCCCGUGCCUGCAGCUGAGCAAGCCACCCAGGAAUGGUCCUGUCCACACGCCCCUGCAGGGCUGUGAGCAUGAGCCUGCAGAGAUGAGCUGGUGCGGACAGCCCCAUCGGGCUUAAAAUCAAGAGAACUGUUAAGAGAGGAGGCCCUGGGGACCAGUGGUGACCUCAUGCAGCCCCGCAUUGGGUGAGAAAGCAGUGAGCGGUUCCAGAGUCGGGGAGAGGGGAGUGGAGCAGUGAAAUACUGCAGAGCGGGGCGCUCCCCUCCCCCCCGCCGUGGUUUCGGGUCCACCUCUUGCUUUCCCUGUGCUGGGUUUUUGGGGCCUUCGUCUUUUCAGUUUGCUCCACCACAGUACUGUUCAUCUCGAGCUGGAGAAGUGGGGGUGGCUGCUCUCCAGAGCGGAGGGUCGGAGGCCCCGGACUCCACUGAGCCAUGUUGGAGGCAGAGCCUGGAAGCCGUGUUCCCAGGGAAACCAGACAUGCCUCCCCCUGGGCAAACCUUCCCUUCGCAAACGGUGCAGGGAUGCAUCAUUUAAAGACCUAUUCACGGCCAGCAGGUCAGGAAGCUGGGUUGUGUUCCUCGUGUGAGGUUCUGCCCCAUUAGUGGCAUCAGAGUUGCCCACGAUUCCUUCAUUUUGUGGCUGCCGGUGGCGGCCUGGCCCUCUGCUCGGUGCAGGCCCUUCCCUGGAGCUGCAGAGGCUUGUGUGCGUGUUUGCGGUACGGAAAAGCUUGACGCCUGCCUUCCUGUCGUCCUUCAUUGGUUGUCCUUUAAAGAGUCUCUCAUGAGACAGUUUCUUUUCCUUGAUGAGCUCUCCUCUCGGGAUGGGGGCAUCUUAAAUGGUCAAGACCGGGAACCCCUCCACCCAGUGCCCGUCAGUGCUAGAGUGUGUCAUCUUGUCCCUGCACGUUGAUCCGCGGGUGUCACCAGUCUGCUAGGUACACAUGCUGAUCAACCUGAGUGUUCCUCCUCAUUUAAAGGAGCCCCUCUUGCUGAACGUAGAUGAUGACUAUCGCUAGAGUGUAUGAAAGUAUUGUUUGUGCUGAAAAUCCAUUGCCAUUUGGUGCAAAUGACAUUUGUUCUUUCUGUGAAAGAGAGAUGCCCUCGGUGUGUUUGUACACAGACCUCAGGAGGAGAGCUAAGAAGGAGCAGUGGCCGCUUGCUGCUCUUGGGGGCGGGCGUCAUCUCGAGGAGCCGCCUCUGGGUCACUCUCUCCUCCAGUGGAGUGGCCGUGGCCCCUUCCCUCUUUCCGUCCCUCCCGACUGCAUCCCACCCAACUGUACACCUGCCUCGGUGUCUGCGCGGAAGCUCGUGUGGCUGUGGUGUCCACAUCUGCAUCUCUGCGGGGCUCAGGAGGCACACUCGAGGGCCCAGAGGGGCAGGCUCGGCCCUGCGUGUGAGGACCACGUCUGCUGUGCUGUAAGACAGCGCCUAGUUUUCAGCUGGAAAAAGAAAAAAACUUCCUAGCGUGAUGUGAAAUGAAAGCUGCUGACAAUCCAGGAAUGAUAGCCACCCACCGGAGCCAGAAGUGUUUGUGCCCCCGACUGCACGUGGCCCUGCAGAUGGAGUGCGUCCUGAGAGGUACUGGCCAGACCCAAAGGAACAGGCCAAGGAUGGAUUUGCGUUGUCUGCAGGUCGGUGAAAAGAGACUCUCCGGGGGGAUUUUGUCAUCUUUUCGAGUAUCAUCUUAGUUAACUCUGGGAACCCUUGUUUUCCUGCUUUAGAGAAUGCUGGGUUUAAUGAAACCGGUGAAAAGUUGAGUUUUGGUUUAAAGUAAGUGCUCUUUCCAGGUGAAAACUACUUUUUAGGGUUUGUUUUAAAAGUAAGAAAAGGAAGAGGAAGGGGAGAUGUUGCUCUUAGUUUAAUCAUUACAUUUGAUCUAUGACAUUUGAUUAUUAGACACAGCAGUGCCACUAAUACGUUUCUUGAGUUGUCAGAAGUUGUCGACAUCAGUACUUACUUUAUGGCAAAGACAUCUGAAG